GGCCCAUCCUAAGAGGGCCAGGCCCACUGGGUUCCACUGUGGGCCAUGGGGGGGUUUUGAAGGACUAUCCACUCGAGGCCUAGGGGUAAGGGGAGCUAUUUAGGAAGGAGGGGAAUACGAACUCACAAGGCCAUGAGAAACCGAACCGAGUAGAAGCAGGGCUGGAAAUGGUAGGGCAGGUUUGAGAGUUGGUUAGUCUGGGAGUUGGCUGAGGGGAGGAGGAGCCCAAGGAAACGGGGAAUCGUCUCGUCUGCCUUUUCACCCAGUGCCUCGCUCAGAGCCUGGCACAUCCCCACUCAGUCCUUGGAGGAAGGUAGCUGGGUGGGCAGACGGAGCAGUGAAGCUGGGCAGCCCUGGGACAGGCAGCUGCGGGGACCCUGACGGAGCAGCAAAUGCCUGUCCUGGGGGAGAGAGAAUGCCAACAUGAACAGGCCACCUAGGGUAGCUGCAGAAUCAUCUUCUCCUCUGAGGCUCGGAGGCACGGAGAACGCCCCACCCUCGGCUCCGGGGACCACCAUGACCGAAGUCGGCUGGUGGAAGCUGACCUUCCUCCGGAAAAAGAAAUCCACCCCCAAGGUGCUAUAUGAGAUCCCCGACACCUAUGCUCAAACGGAGGGCAGCACGGAGCCCUCUCGGCCCGAGGGCGGGGGCCCCAACGACAACUUUAACACCCGCCUGGAGAAGAUUGUGGACAAGAACACAAAGGGCAAGCACGUCAAAGUCUCCAAUUCAGGCCGCUUCAAGGAGAAGAAGAAAGUCCGGGCCACGUUGGCAGAGAACCCCAACCUCUUUGACGACAGGGAGGGCAAAGGACAGUGAAGGGGGCCAAGGAGGAUGCUAGCACCUCCCUGCUCCUGCCGUCAGCCGGAUCUGAGACAGGAGCUUGCCACGCCCGCCUCCUCGGCCACCACGGACGCCGUGGGGGCAGCUGACGCCUGCUGGCAGGAAAUGUCUGGUUUUAGGGUUGUAUUUAUGUGUCCCAGCUUUCUGGAAGGUUUGGGUUCUCCCGGGGUCCUCCCUCCUUCCCCAGCACAGACAAAGGCACUCCAGUCCAAGGAUGAGAAAUCCCACCCAGGAAGGACGGCCCUCCUCAAAGCAGUAGCAGAUCCGGCCUAGGACAUGGGCGAGGAUCAGAGAGAGGAGGGGACAGACUUCACCUCCUCCAGGGGUACAGGGUCGAGGGUGAGUUUCGAUUGCUGCUCCCUCUACUUUCUCUACCCGCAACUGUUGCCUGGACCAAUUCUGAGCGUGACUUUUCCAGAAGCCACGUGACGGGGUGGUUUCCUGGAGCCGGAGGAGGCGGAGACCCUGAAUUUGAGCUCACCUCCUACCACAAGAGAGAAACUUCCUGGAACUUUGCCCCCAGGUGUGCAGGGAGGGGAGGACGCUGGUACUCUGGGGGUGGGGGCAUUGGGGGGUGGGGAGGGUGUGCUGCAGAAGGCCAGGUGAGGGACCCCACGGGUUGCUGCACACAUCCUCAAAGCGACAAUGCACUGGCUCAUGGGUCCAAAUUCGGGGAGCGGGUAGGGAAGCUCUGGUAGGAGCUAAAAGCAGCCAGCUCUCUUCUCCCCUCCUACUGGUAUUUAAGAAGGACAAGCCCCAGAGAUGAGUCCUGGAGCCUUGAAUUUUGUUUAAAAAAAUAAUUGUAGGUUUCUCUCUUUGUAAUAAACAAUGCUGUAAAAGCAGA